GGGAAUGACCCCCGGGUGAACGUAUCAAAUCGGUUCCCUCCCUCGCGCGCCUUUUGGUCUCACUCCGCCGUCACUUGCUCUCUAAACCUCACCGAUUAGGGUUUAAGAGGCCGCCAAAAGUUUCAAUUUCAUGGCUUGGUGGCAAGGUUUCGAUGAAACUCGUCUUCUCAUAGCAGCUGAUCCUCCUGUAGCCGGAGACGGCGCCGGACAAUUGAUUUCGCUCCGCCACCCAAAAUCCGGAAACACAAUGUGCUGUGUUUUAGUUGAUGGGAUGCUCCAGGAACUUAAUUGGUUCAGGCAGUCCUACAGUUCUUGGUUUCUUGGAGACUAUGUUUCUGAGGAUGGUGGGAUAUAUACCGCCACUCGUGUUGAUCCUGUUUUCGUUUUGUUGCCCAUUUUUGAGGAAGCUAGAAUGAAGAAAGGGGACGAUCCUGGGAAGUACAGGCCAUUGGAUGAGAUAAUCUUCGUUGAUGGCUAUCCCGGAUAUCAGCAACUACUGUCCAUUGCUGAGGACUCUAUGCAAGUAGUUUGUGAAAUCAAAGAAAUUGAUUCCUCCAAAUAUUUUAGGCUUGACGACUCCAAGGUUCUGGCUUGGUUGUACCACAAGGCAUGCCAGCUAAAACAGAGGCUAUCCACGUUGGACAGUAAUUAUGCUGCAAGGGAAGAAGAGCAUAGAUUGGCUGAUGCGGUUUCAAUAUUGGGGGAAUACCUGAAGGAUGAGCCCUGGUUGAAGCUUUUGUGUGACCGUUUGAGGAUAGAUUUACCAGAGGCACCAAAAAAAGCACCAGAUGCUGAAACUCUCCCAACUGCCAACGAAAGUAGCCCAGGGAUUUGGAAUGGUUCACAGGAAAAGAGCAAGAGUGACAAUAAGGUUACUACCAGAGCUGCUGGAAGGCAAGCUAAAAAGAUCAAACUGGAGACUGGAUCACAUAACAUCAGAGACAUGUUCACUAGGGCCUCAUCAAGUAAGAAGUGAAUCAAUUCGAAAUGGAACACAGUUGUAAAUCCUGAGAUUCGUUCAUCAUGACCAGAAUUUGUAAACCAUUUUCAUUAGCAACUUGUAUUCCUUUAGCAUUCAUAACAUAGCUGCUGCAAUUGUAAUGUCAUCGACUGCACUGUUUGUGUCAAAGUCAAGCAAACUCAAGUUUUUAUAUCCA